AGUUCCCCCGGCGCCGGGCUCCCUCGCGUUAGACGUGCUGUGUUGUGAUCACGUGGGCAGCUCCGGGCGCGGCGCUUGUUUUGGUUUCCCUCUAACUUGCCCACGGCAGCUUCUGGGUGAGUCUCCGCCCUGCAGAACUCGGACGCGCAGCAGCUUUGUAGCCAGAAGAGGCGCGCUGUCGUGGGAACGCGACCCAGGGAGGAAUGGUGACAUCGUAAGAAUGGGGUUGUAGAGCGAGGAUUGGAAGAGUGGAGAAAUAAAGGUUGGUGGUGUGUGGAGGCUGCAGGAAGCGCAAGCACUCAAGGCUCAAUGAGGACCUGGCUGCGUCCGAAAGGACAGAGGAUGUGAAUGUGGAUGGAUGAUUUGGAUACAGCUGCCACACUGCUCCCCACAGGGAAGACAUCUUUGGCACAUCAAUUUGUGGAAGGCGAAUUCUCGGAAGGCUACGAUCCUACAGUGGAGAAUACUUACAGCAAGAUAGUGACUCUUGGCAAAGAUGAGUUUCACCUACACCUGGUGGACACAGCAGGGCAGGAUGAGUACAGCAUUCUGCCCUAUUCAUUCAUCAUUGGAGUCCACGGUUAUGUGCUUGUGUAUUCUGUCACCUCUCUACAUAGCUUCCAAGUCAUUGAGAGUCUGUACCAAAAGCUACACGAAGGCCAUGGGAAAACCCGGGUGCCAGUGGUUCUAGUUGGGAACAAGGCAGAUCUCUCUCCAGAGAGAGAGGUACAGGCAGUUGAAGGGAAGAAGCUGGCAGAGUCCUGGGGUGCGACAUUUAUGGAGUCAUCUGCUCGAGAGAAUCAGCUGACUCAAGGCAUCUUCACCAAAGUCAUCCAGGAGAUUGCCCGUGUGGAGAAUUCCUAUGGGCAAGAGCGUCGCUGCCAUCUCAUGUGAGCCCUUGGGUGUGGUGUAACUGCCUUGUUUCUGCCUCUGGCACUUGCCAUGUUCCAGUGGGGGGUCAGACCCUCAGGACUUCACGGGUAUGGUUGCCAGCUGUGUUCCUGACCCCUGGACACACAGUGUGGCAUCCUCAUGUUUGCACACUUUCCCCAGGCUCUAGUGGCCUGGAUGUCAAUGUUUACAAAGGGGCAAGGACCUCUCAUGGACACUGGCCUCUAGCCCUCUGUUUUUGCUAGAUGAAUUCUGUUAUAACCUGUGGGGUCAGGAUAUGAGUCCUGGGCAUUAUUUAUCCAGGACCCAUCCUCUUGGGUGGGUUUUGGGUGUUGGCUGGGUAAGGGGAGCCAGGGACUUCUGAAAUAGAGCUGGCUCCCUGGGGUGACAAUGUAUAUAUGCAAAUAAACUGAGAAAUCUUUU